CUUAGGCAUUGUCUGGAUCAUCCAAUCACAAGCGAGAAAACAUUAACCCGGAAAUAGUUAACCCAAAGAGUUUACCGCGAAAUUGAGCAGACAGACGGGGACGGGAGAAGACAAAAACGAACAAACACGGAACCGACUGAAAAAGUAGUAUUGCAUAGAUAUUAUUAUCAUAUUAUACACCUCGGCUGUCCGGUACAUACCGGUCAACUUGACUGACUACUAAUGGACGAGUAUGACGAGAUGUUCGGGAUAGAGGACGAGUAUGAACAACAGUUCGCUGAUGAGCUGGAGGUCCUGGCUGAGAUGGACUUUAAUCCAGCUCCUUCCACUAAGCGGUCAGAGUUCCGGAAGCAGAAGCCUCAGUCGUUCCAGGAAGCCAUCACCGCUGGUGACCAGCCACUCAGGAGCCAAUCACAGGUAUCGUCAAAACGGAGCCUCGGCCAAUUGGAAGGCCCGUCUGUGCCGUGUGACGGAGAGGACAUAGAACACCUGCUGGCGGACGAGCCAAUCACUCCCAAGGCUAAGCGUCUGAGGCAGGAUGUGGCUAAGAAGCUGUUUGAGGUGUCUCAGGUUGAUGACAUCACCCCCCCGUCGUCUCCAGAGGAGUUCCAUCGAACCCCGAGCAGCAGACCCCAGCUAAUCCCGGUGAUCUUGGACAUCAGUGGCUUCGCAGCCAUCCAGGAGUCUCCUCGGAGAGUCACCGCGGCAACGUCGUGUCACGUUCUGAAGCGCCCCCCGGCCGAGGGGGGAUACGUUAGCGUGACGGACCAGACAGGAAACCGCGUCUACCUCCGACAGACAGACGACAUGAGGGGAAAGGCUGUGGACCCCAGUGCUUUUCGUAGCUCCCAUAAUGCAUUGGGUUUGCUGGCUGUUCCCAUCGAGGUACUGAGAGAACAGGUGGCCGAGAAGCGUCAUCGCCAAGUGGUGGAGGAAUCUCAGCGCCUAACAGAGCGACUCAACAGUCAAGUGGAUGAAGAGUUUGGAGAGCUGGACGGCAGACAGAGAGAAGAGGGGGAUCGAGAGGAGGAGGAGGAGGAAUCUUCUCGUCUCUGGGUGGAUCAGUUUUCUCCUCAACACUACACUGAACUACUCAGCGACGACUUCACCAACCGCUGUUUGCUGAAGUGGCUGAAGCUGUGGGACCAGGUGGUGUUUGGACGAGAGAGGAAGACACGCCCACCCCCAGCCGAGAGGCCCGACCAGAACACAGCCAAUCAGGACCAGGGACGCUUCAAUAAGGGCCGGGGUCGCUUUAAUUCCACCAACCGGAGCCAAGGGAACUUUAAUCAAGCCAAUCAGAAAUUUAAGACCAAGAGUCAGAUCACUGAGGAGCUUCUGGAGGCCGAACUGGACCAAUACAAAAGGCCCAAAUACAAGGUGGUGCUGCUCUCUGGUCCUCCGGGUUUAGGGAAGACCACUCUAGCCCACAUCAUCGCUAAGCAUGCUGGGUACAACGUGGUGGAGAUUAACGCCAGUGAUGACCGCAGUGCGGAGCUGUUCCAGAAGCGUAUCGACACAGCGACCCAGAUGAGGUCAGUGCUGGGAGCCAAUGAGAAGCCUAACUGCCUCAUCAUUGACGAGAUUGACGGAGCGCCCGCC